GUCAUCUUCAUGACUCUCAUCAUUGACAUCAAUACAUUAUCUAUGCUAUCUUCAUUAUAUUUAAUAAUUGUCUAUACACAGUAAUCCCACUAGCGAAUCAUUAUUUAUUCUCUUUUCUCUCAUUAGACUUCGCUUGAAGUCUUUCAAAUUCUAUAAUUUGAACGAUUAACAAAUAACGGUUAACAAAAAAUAUGAAGAAACGUAUCGAUGGCCGUCGAUUGGCACAAAAUAUUGGAGAACAAGUAAUUUUACUUGGAACUAUAGGAAAAAAAAGUUCAAAUGGUAGAAAUUUAGAAUUAAGAACAACUGAUGGUGUACAAGUAAAUGUAACUUUACCAGAACCAAUUGAUGGCAAUGCAGAAGGUUAUAUAGAAGUACAUGGCACUUUGCAAUCUAAAUCUACAAUGAAUUGUAGUAAUUAUAUAGUGUUUCCUCUUAAUUUAACUGAGGAAUUUGAUGCUGAUCAAUAUAAUGAACUGAUGAUUAUAUUAAAUAUAAUAGGAGUUGAAAAAUUAACAGAAUGUGAAUGUGAGGAAGAAAAUAAUGAUUUUUAAAUCAUUGUAGAAAUGCUUUAUAAAGUGUUGAUAAAAAAAAUCAAUUAUACAUCAAUUUCUUAUGAGAAUACUAUCAUUUUUACAUAUAUUUAAAAUUAUAAAUUAUAUUUUUUUAACAAAAUGAAAUUGUAUCUAUAAAUAGAAUAAGCAAAAUUCAUUAUCCUUUAUUUUUAAUAUUUAUGUUUUGUUCCAAGAAAUAUAUAAAAUAACGUCCUAAAACUUAAAUGAAUAUUGUUAAUAUUUAUAAUUUUUAUGAUUUCAUUUUUUAUUUAUAUUAUACUUACUGCUAUUUUACACGAUGCAUCUAAAGAAAAACAUCUGCAUGUACAUGAAGUCACUGGACAUUCUGAAUGUUGACUAUAUAAAUAAAACGAUAUAUUGUUACAAAAGAUAAAAUAUAUACAGAAAAUUAAAAAUAUGUACAUAAUUUUAAAAUACCGAAACCAAUGUGUAAUAUGAUCAGCAUGACCACCAUGUCUACAUGUUUGACACCAUGUAAACCAAUUACUGAAUUCUGUCAAUUUAUUAUCACAUUCAUCACUUCUACUAACUCCAGAUGUUGUCAUUUGUAAUCCACUCACUGUACCCAUAUGCAUUAAACAAAUUGCACAUCGUGGUAAUGGUUUUCUACAAUUUGGACAUGAAGACAUCUAUAUACAUAAAGAAAAUUUUAUUUUAAUUAUUAUUUUAUAAUAAAAUAUUCAAAUAAAAACAUGUAAAUUACCUUUAA